AUGGCAGAUGAGCUGGCGACUGUGAAGCUGUUCAAUGACAACACCGCGUCCGUCGUGUACAUCACGAACCUCGCCACUAGGAAGGACGCGUUUACUCUGGACGUCAUGCAAGUGCCUCAGGGGACAGGGUCAGGGUUCUUAUGGGACACGGAAGGCCAUGUGGUUACCAACUUCCACGUCAUCAGGCGCGCCACUGACCUCAGGGUGACCUUAUCCGACCAAUCAGUGUACGAGGCGACAGUGGUGGGAGCGGAUCCCAACAAGGACGUGGCAGUGCUGCACAUUGAUGCGCCCCCUGAGAAGCUGAGACCGCUGCCUGUAGGCUCCUCCUCGGACCUGCUGGUCGGCCAGAAGGUCUUCGCCAUCGGCAACCCCUUCGGACUGGACCACACACUCACAACAGGAGUCAUCAGUGGAUUGCAGCGUGAAAUAACGUCAGUGACGCGGCGGCCCAUUCAGGACGUGAUUCAGACUGACGCUGCCAUCAACCCCGGCAACAGCGGAGGGCCUCUCCUCGACUCCAGCGGCACUCUCAUCGGCAUCAACACCGCUAUUUAUUCGCCAUCCGGCGGAUCCUCAGGCGUUGGAUUUGCUAUUCCUGUAGACACAGUGAGUGGCAUUGUGGAGCAGAUCAUAGUGUACGGGCAGGUGACACGGCCGGCACUCAACCUGGCCUUUGCACCGGAGCAGCUGGUGGAUCAGCUGGGCAACUCGGGAGUGCUCGUGCUCGAAGUCAACCCCAAUGGCGCCGCUGCCAAGGCUGGCCUGCGCCCCACAUCGCGAGACAGCUUUGGGCGGCUAAUGCUGGGGGACAUCAUCACAGCCAUUGACGGCAAGCCCAUCUACUCCGGCUCCGACCUUUACAAGAUCCUCGACAAGUGCCAAGUUGGCCAGACCGUUGAUGUACAGCUGCUGAGAGGAAACGAGGAAGUUGUUGUGCCCGUCACUCUGGACGGGCUCAGCGGGAAGCUGGAGACGGAGUCCGGCAGCACAGCCCACGAGAGAGGUGCACCCAGGGCGAAGUGGGCCGCGCUACUGGGGGUCGUGACACUCUUGGGAAUAGCUGGCCUGCCCAACGGCUCCUCUGACGCUUUCUGUGCGCAUUUUGACCCCACCUCUGCGCCACUCACAUCGCAUGAUGCUGUCCUUGAUUCACAGUGCGUUUCUGUGCGCCUCUCCCACUCCGCCCCUCUGCCUCUCUCCGCGUCGCUCCCUGCCCCGCCUCUCGCAGCCAGCCGUACAGCCAAGUCGCCCACCACCAUUCGCUCCAGCGCCUUUGUCGCUGUCCGUCUCGCGUGCCUCCCUCCUGCCACGCUCGUUGAUGGCGCUGGUGCUGGUGGCCCCGGUGAUUCUGCCGGUUGUGACUCUGGCGGACGUGAUUCUGGCGGAUGUGAUUCUGGCGGUUGUGCAACGAACGAGGUCUCAAGAGGCGGACUGAACAGGGCGGUGCGAGGGCGCCGAGCGACACACACUGGAAAGCAGCUACCGUUCAAGCCGCAUGUCCAUUUCCCUCUGCGCAACAACGGUUCGUCCCCGCAUUCAGCGGCCCCGACGAGGUGCGCAUCUGGCGGAACGGCUUCAGUGGGUGCAGACGCGGCCAUGCGGCAGGCGAUGUGUGACACGCCUCGCGAUGUGUGA